AUGUUGGCACGCGGCCAGGCCAGGGGAGGGAGCUCAGGGUGGGGCGGGACGUUGGCACGCGGCCAGGCCAGGGGAGGGAGCUCAGGGUGGGGCGGGACGUUGGCACGCGGCCAGGCCAGGGAGGGAGCUCAGGGUGGGGCGGGACGUUGGCACGCGGCCAGGCCAGGGGAGGGAGCUCAGGGUGGGGCGGGACGUUGGCACGCGGCCAGGCCAGGGGAGGGAGCUCAGGGUGGGGCGGGACGUUCGCCAAGAGGCCAGGCCAGGGGAGGGAGCUCAGGGUGGGGCGGGACAUUGGCACGCGGCCAGGCCAGGGAGGGAGCUCAGGGUGGGGCGGGACGUUCGCCAGCGGCCAGGCCAGGGGAGGGAGCUCAGGGUGGGGAGGGACGUUCGCCAAGCGGCCAGGCCAGGGGAGGGAGCUCAGGGUGGGGCGGGACGUUCGCCAAGAGGCCAGGCCAGGGGAGGGAGCUCAGGGUGGGGCGGGACGUUGGCACGCGGCCAGGCCAGGGGAGGGAGCUCAGGGUGGGGCGGGACGUUCGCCAAGAGGCCAGGCCAGGGGAGGGAGCUCAGGGUGGGGCGGGACGUUCGCCAAGAGGCCAGGUCAGGGGAGGGAGCUCAGGGUGGGGCGGGACGUUCGCCAAGCGGCCAGGCCAGGGGAGGGAGCUCAGGGUGGGGCGGGACGUUCGCCAAGAGGCCAGGUCAGGGAGGGAGCUCAGGGUGGGGCGGGACGUUCGCCAAGCGGCCAGGCCAGGGGAGGGAGCUCAGGGUGGGGCGGGACGUUGGCACGCGGCCAGGCCAGGGGAGGGAGCUCAGGGUGGGGCGGGACGUUGGCACGCGGCCAGGCCAGGGAGGGAGCUCAGGGUGGGGCGGGACGUUCGCCAAGAGGCCAGGCCAGGGGAGGGAGCUCAGGGUGGGGCGGGACAUUGGCACGCGGCCAGGCCAGGGGAGGGAGCUCAGGGUGGGGCGGGACGUUCGCCAAGCGGCCAGGCCAGGGGAGGGAGCUCAGGGUGGGGAGGGACGUUCGCCAAGCGGCCAGGCCAGGGGAGGGAGCUCAGGGUGGGGCGGGACGUUCGCCAAGCGGCCAGGCCAGGGGAGGGAGCUCAGGGUGGGGAGGGACGUUCGCCAAGCGGCCAGGCCAGGGGAGGGAGCUCAGGGUGGGGAGGGACGUUCGCCAAGAGGCCAGGCCAGGGAGGGAGCUCAGGGUGGGGAGGGACGUUCGCCAAGAGGCCAGGCCAGGGGAGGGAGCUCAGGGUGGGGCGGGACGUUCGCCAAGAGGCCAGGCCAGGGGAGGGAGCUCAGGGUGGGGCGGGACGUUGGCACGCGGCCAGGUCAGGGAGGGAGCUCAGGGUGGGGCGGGACGUUCGCCAAGCGGCCAGGCCAGGGGAGGGAGCUCAGGGUGGGGCGGGACGUUCGCCAAGCGGCCAGGCCAGGGGAGGGAGCUCAGGGUGGGGAGGGACGUUCGCCAGCGGCCAGGCCAGGGGAGGGAGCUCAGGGUGGGGAGGGACGUUCGCCAAGCGGCCAGGCCAGGGAGGGAGCUCAGGGUGGGGAGGGACGUUCGCCAAGCGGCCAGGCCAGGGGAGGGAGCUCAGGGUGGGGAGGGACAGACAGAUGUAA